UGAAGGCCCUAUCCAGAGGUUAUAGAGUUGCUCCUUGAGCUUGGACAUGACGGUAGAGGAUCAAGGAAGCGCUCGCGGCGCAGUGCACGACUGAGUACUCUGCGCAAUGCCUGGCGUCGUUGAUGCCCCUGCAGGCCCUGCCUGGCAGGGACUGGGCUAUACGGUUGCGCACCAGAAGGUUGAGCUGGAGCUAGACUUUGCAAAUAAGAGCCUCAAGGGGAAAACCGAAAUUACGAUCCAUCCACAUUACAAGGAGCUCCGUGUUAUUCGAUUAAAUUUCCGACAGGGCGAGAUUAGGCGCUUGAAUGUCUGCGGAAAGAUACCAUCGAUGAAAUAUGCGGACCCUUACGAGUCGCUGCAACUGUACGGUCCUCAUUAUCAUCAACGACUUACCUCGAAAAUAGAUGGCUUGCUUAAGUCCCCGCCAGAGCCCGACCUACUUGUGUCGGUCCCAAAAAGCGUUAGGAUUGAAGAACUUGACCCUUUCUCAGUUGAGGCCCAAGAUCAAAUGGCUCUCCGUGCAACUGGUGCUGCCGACGAUUCUGAAGGCCCUUUGAGCUCCAAAGCGCCAGAUACUACGCUUCCUCGGUUUACAGCACUGACGGUCAACAUCGAAUUUACUAUUGACAGCAUAAAGGAUGGGUUACAGUUCGUGGGAGUCGAGAAUGGGGACAGACGUUACCCGCAUGCCUUUACAACAAACUCGCUUGGAUAUGGGGCCGGCUGCCCUCUUUUCCCUUGCGUUGAUGACCCUUCGUCACGUUGCACCUGGGAGCUGUCUAUCAAAUGCCCCUGUUCGUUAGGGGAUGUGUUUGACCGCAAAAUCCGCGAUCCAGCUGGCUCCAAUGCUUCUGGACGCCCUAAACCGACGUCAAAUCUUGGUCGAUACAUAUCUCCGGAUGAUGAAGCCUUGGACCUCCUGGUGGUUUGUUCUGGAGAUAUGACGGAUGAGAUUAUUGAUCCGAAAGACAACAGCAAAAAGACAGUAUCCUUUGCAUGUACCUCACCGCUCUCUGCCCAGCAAGUUGGAUUUGCUGUUGGCCCAUUUGAGUAUGUCAACCUUGCACAUUUCCGGGAAAGCGACCAAGAUGAGCAGCUUGGCCAGAAUGCCAUCCCUCUGCAUGCUUUUUGCCUUCCCGGGCGAGGCGAUGAACUCAGGAACACUUGCUUUCCAAUGGCGAAGGCGAUCGACUUCUUUUCCCUAUCAUAUGGGUCGUAUCCAUUCUCAAGUUACAAAAUGUGCUUCGUAGAUGACGCGCCCGAGGAUACUUUGUCGACAGCGUGCUUGUCAAUAUGCAGCAGUCAUCUCCUGUUUCCGGAAGAUAUUAUCGAUCCGAUGUACGACGCGACACGUGCUCUCGUUUAUGGCCUUGCGUCUCAGUGGAUCGGUGUUAACAUCGUUCCAAAGGCGCCAACUGACACUUGGGUCACAGUAGGCGUCGCGUGGUUUAUCACAGAUACGUUCAUGAGGAAACUCUGUGGAAAUAAUGAAUAUCGCUUUCGACUAAAACAGAUGUCUGAUAGAGUAUGCGACUUGGACUAUGAGCGUCCCUCGAUAUUUGACAUGGGAAAUAUACUCCAGCUUGACUCGUCUGAGAUUGAUUUCAUAGCACUCAAGGCCCCUCUUGUGCUUUUCAUCCUCGACCGAAGGCUUACGAAAGCUAGUGGAAAGGCCACAAUGUCCCGCAUCAUCUCUCGGCUUUUUCUCAAUGCUCGAAUGGGCGAUAUCCCGAACGGGGCGGUAUCCACCAUGCUUUUCCAGAAGACCUGUGAGCGACUGGGCCACGCAAAACUGGACUCAUUCUUUCAACAAUGGGUCUUUGGUGCUGGGUGUCCUCGCUUUCAGGCUACACAGAGGUUCAACAAAAAGAAGCUCGUAGUGGAAAUGAUGAUAAAACAAGUGCAAUCAGAACAGCCAAGCACACGUGACCUGGACAAGAAUUCCUUCAUGCGUGACGUUAAGGAGGAAAUUCGGGGUAUCUAUGCCGGGGUUGUUCAGCCGGUUUUUACUGGCUCCAUGACGAUUAGAAUCCACGAAGCUGAUGGUACACCUUAUGAACAUAUUGUCGAGAUUAAAGAAGGCGUCACUAAAUUCGAUAUCCCUUAUAACACAAAAUACAAGCGUUUGAAGCGGAACAAAAGGCAGAAAGAACGGGCCGCUGCUGCUUCGGGGGGUGAUCCUAAUGCAGAAGCACAAGAAGAUGUCCUGCUUUAUUGUUUGGGUGAUGUACUCCAGAGUGAAGAAGAAAUUCAAGAGUGGAAGCUGGCUGAUUGGAGCAAGGAAGACGAGGAGCGAAUGGGCCAAGAGUCUUACGAAUGGAUUCGCAUGGAUGCAGAUUUCGAGUGGGUUUGCAAGCUUUCCUUGGUUAUGCCAGGUUAUAUGUACCUUUCGCAGCUCCAACAAGAUCGAGAUGUGAUAGCCCAAUUGGAGGUUAGUUGAAUGGUCGUCUCCCUUUAGAGCUUUAUGCUGACAACAUGCCAGUCUCUACAAUAUAUGGCGGCCCAAAGAGAACACCCGUUGAUUUCCACGAUUUUUGUCCGAACCCUAAUGGACCGAAGGUACUUUUACGGAAUCCGUGUAGCUGCAGCAAAGGCCUUGGUUAAACAUGCCAAGGAAGACAUCAAUUGGCUGGGGCUAUUCCACCUGGAACGAGCUUUCCAGGAAUUAUUCUGUCUUCCAGGAUCGC